UACAUUCAGUCCAGGCUUAUUUUAGGAGAGGAGCUCAUCAAAGACCUCAUCGAAGGUAAAGAGUUUGUGGAUGGAUCACUGAAACAGCUUCAGAAACAGAAGAAGAUCAUCAUUCUCUUUCCAUGGCCUGUUUUAUUUAACUGUGCAAGAAUUCUGAUCAAAUACUUCAGAAAUGGACAGAUUAGGUCUUUUAACAUGGUUAUUUUUAAUCUACGGACCCUGCUUCGUGCAAGGUCAGUGCAGCAGUGGUCAGUUUCAGUGUAAUAAUGGUCAAUGUAUAGAUCAAAACUGGAGGUGUGAUGGAACGAAGGAUUGUCCAGAUGACUCUGAUGAACUGAACUGUCCUUUGCCCACCUGUAGCUCUCAGCAGUUCAAGUGCUUGACAGGUGGCGAGUGCAUCCCUUUAGCAUUUGUAUGUGAUGGGGAGGCAGACUGCACAGAUGGUUCUGAUGAACAGAGAGCUUGUGGCGACCAGACAUGCAGCACAGACCAGUUCACCUGUCGAGAAGGACAGUGCAUUCCUAAACAAUACAAAUGUGACCAUGUUUCAGACUGUGUGGAUAACUCAGAUGAGAACAACUGCAACUACCCAGCAUGCACAGAGAAGACAUGCGCUAAUGGAGCGUGCUACGACAACGCUCAACACUGCGAUGGGAUGCUAGAUUGUCGGGAUGGUUCGGAUGAAUCCAAUUGCACAAGACAAUGUAUGCCACACCAGUUUGAAUGCACGAAUGGAUACUGUAUUCCUAUGCCCUUCGUCUGUGAUCACUGGGAUGACUGUGGGGACAGCAGUGAUGAGAAAGACUGUGAGUAUAAGACCUGCAGCGGGUCAGAGUUCACCUGCAGUAAUGGACGCUGUAUGUCUCAGCAGUGGGUGUGUGACGGCAUCAAUGACUGUGGUGACUUUAGUGAUGAGAAUGGAUGUGACCCAAGUAUUCGAGACUGUUACCCCGGCGAAUGGCCGUGUCCUGGCUCUUCAAUGUGUGUGCCCAUAAACAAAGUGUGCGACAAUAAUCCUGACUGCCCUGGUGGAACAGAUGAGACCAACACUACGGCACAGCUAACCUGCGGUUUAAGCCAGUGCUCAGCUCUAAGCUGUGAAUAUCGCUGUCACCCCAGCCCUCAGGGCGGAGCCUGCUACUGUCCCGAUGGCUUUACGGUAGCCAAUGACAGCCGUUCAUGUGUGGACUAUGAUGACUGUAAUAUUUGGGGAAUCUGUGAUCACUUCUGUGAGGAUCGACCAGGCACACAUCAUUGUAGCUGUGCAGAUGGAUAUUUCUUAGAGCAAGGUCAUGUCUGCAAAGCCAACAUCUCAGGUGGUUUACCACACCUGAUCUUCACAGAUGGACGUGAUAUAAAGAUGGCAGACAUACAUGGGAGGUUUGUUAGACUUCUGGCCCAAUCAGAUGGCAGAGGUUACGCUGUGGGUGUUGGUUAUAACUGGCACAGUCAACGCAUCUUUUGGACAGACACCGAUUCUCAGAAGAUUUACUCCAUGAACUUUAAUGGUGAGGAUAAGAAGGAGGUUCUCUCUGAAGCAGUGCACAGUGCGCAGAACCUGGCUGUGGACUGGAUCAACUUCAAGCUUUACUUUGUGGAGGAACGGGUGGAGAGGAUCGAAGCGUGUGAUUAUGAUGGGGGAAACCGUGUCACGCUGAUUGCUGAAAAUUUGGUGACUCCUCAUGGGCUUGCCCUGGACCCAACAGUGGGGUAUAUGUUCUUCACGGACUCUGGCUUCAACACAGAUGAUGUAAAACUUGAGCGAGCUUUCAUGGAUGGUAGUAAUCGGUUUGAGCUGAUUAAGACCAGACUUGGUUCUCCUACUGGAAUCACACUGGAUUUGGUCACUCAGAGGGUUUAUUGGACCGACAGCCAUUAUAACCUAGUUGAGACCAUCACUUAUAGUGGCUUAGACAGGAAAGUAGUGCUGAAUGGAGGUCAUCAGGUACCCCAUCCCUUUGGGAUUUCAGUAUUUGAGAACCAUGCUUUUUUCACUGACUGGGUCAAGAUGGGUGUGAUUCGGACCAAUCGCUUCAAUGGCAGUGACUCGACAUUUCUCUAUCGUUCUACUAACAGACCUGGACAAAUUGUGGUCUCACAUCCACUCCUUCAGCCCACAGUGAGAAGCCCAUGUGGCAAACACAAUGGCGGGUGUGAGCAAAUUUGCCUUCUAAGUCACCGCACAGACAACGAUGGGUUGGGUUACCGCUGCAAGUGCCGCCUUGGAUACGACCUGCAAUCUGAUGAUCACAGCUGCUUUAAGAUAAAAGAUUAUUUACUGGUGUCAAGUGCGUCAGCAGUCAGAGGGAUCCCUCUUAAUGUGUCCUCUCAGGAGGACGUCACCCUGCCGCUGGCUGGUCUGACCGGAAGUUUUUCCGGUUCUGCAGUGGAGUAUGAUGCCUCCGCAGAGACAGUGUUUUACAACGAUCGCUUGCGGCAGCUCAUUUACCAAUCACCCAUCAAUGGCACCAAUCAAAAGAUUUUGACAGGUUAUAGAGUGGGCACUGUGGAGUCAAUGGCAUAUGACUGGACUUCAAAGGUCCUCUUCUGGACAUCCAGCUCGUAUCGCACCAUCUCAGCUUUUAAAGUAACUGACGGAUCCAGACGGGACAUUGUUAAAAACCUGAUAUACCCUCGGGGUAUUGCUGUACAUCCUAGUGCAGGAUACCUCUUCUGGUCGGAUUGGUAUCGUCCAGCGGUGAUCACCAGAGCAUAUACAGAUGGCAGCAAUGCUAUUUCUCUUGUCAACACUACACUUGGGUGGCCAAAUGGUCUUGCUGUGGAUUACCUAAUGGAUAGACUAUAUUGGGUUGAUGCACUGCUGGAUCGGAUUGAGCAUGUGAACAUUGACGGGAUGGAUCGACAGGCGUUUUCCAGUGUUGGACAAAUCACUGACCCUUUUUCACUAACAAUACACUCAGAUCAUCUGUUUGUAUCAGAUUGGAGGACAAAUUCUGUGUUUCGUAUGAGGAAGAGGGAUGGUGGAGAAAAUGUCAUACUCAGAAAGGGCAUUACGGGCAUAAUGAAUGUCAAAGCCUAUUCAGCUGAUAUUCAAGACUUAUUCAAAAGCAGAUGCAACUUGAUUGCAAACGGCCUCUGCAGUCACUUCUGCUUCCCUACGCCUGCGUCCGGCCGCAUGUGUGGUUGUCCCUAUGGCAUGAAACUGCAGGAAAACAAUAGAGACUGUGUAAAAGAUGACUCUGAGCCUCCACCAGAUAAUAACUGUGGUGACUACUCCUUUCCCUGUGAUGAGGGCCGCUGUGUACCUAAUUCAUACCGCUGUGAUGGUGUUAAUGACUGCAUCGACAAGACAGAUGAAGCCAACUGCACAGAGCCAGGGACAACCUGCUCCCCCUAUGCUUUCACCUGUGGGAACAAGCACUGCAUCCCUGCUAGAUGGCGCUGUGAUGGACACAAUGACUGCGGUGAUGGGUCUGAUGAGGAUAACUGCCCUACACGUGGUCCAACCACCUGUUCUUCAGACCAAUUCCCCUGCACCAAUGGAAAUUGUGUGCCAAAAUCAUGGGUGUGCGAUGCGUUCAAUGACUGCGGUGAUGGUUCUGAUGAGAGAGACUGCAAUGUCAUCAGCAGCUGCCAGCCAGGCUACUUUCUUUGCCCAGACCACCGCUGUAUAUACGGGUCUUAUGUUUGUGAUGGAGAUAAGGACUGUUUGGAUGGCUCUGAUGAGAAAGACUGUGAGUAUUCGUGUGGAAAUUGGGAGUUUGCUUGUGCCAGUGGAGAUCAGUGUGUGAGUCAGAGCUACCGCUGUGAUGGGGUUUAUGACUGCAGGGACCACUCAGAUGAAAGUGGCUGUCCCACACGUGGGCCUGGUCUCUGCCAUGACAAUGAAUUCCAGUGCCAGGUGGACGGAUUCUGUAUUCCGAAAUUAUGGGAAUGUGACGGCCAUCCGGACUGCGAAGACGGCUCUGACGAACACAAUGGCUGCCCUCCCCGCACCUGCAGAUCGCCAGAUUUUCAGUGUGCCAAUGGAAACUGUGUGUCUCAGAGUUGGGUUUGCGACGGGGAUGAUGAUUGUAGGGACAUGAGCGAUGAGACAAACUGUCCAACUCCACCAUUCAGUUGCCCGUCAGGUCAGUGGUUGUGUCCAACCGACCAGGUGUGCAUUGCGCAGUCUUGGUUGUGUGAUGGCAAAAAAGACUGUCCCAAUGGAGCUGACGAAUCUCCCCUUUGCAAUGGAGAUGACUGUGAGGUAAAUAACGGAGGCUGCAGUGAUGGUUGUAUUCAGGGUCCGUUCGGAGCUCAAUGCAUAUGUGAUAUUGGAUUCCAGCUGUUGAAUGACUCGAAAACCUGUGAUGAUAUAAAUGAGUGUCUGAUCCCUGGAUUUUGCAGUCAGACUUGCUACAAUGAGCGCGGCUCUUUCCGAUGCUCCUGUGACUUUGGCUACCAGAUGGAGCCUGAUGGACGGACAUGUAAAGCCACCUCACCAGGUGAAGCUUUACUUCUGGUGGCCAGACGCAGCCAGCUUAUCGCUAACCGAGUGAACCUCAGGCCGCAGAUCAUCCAACCCGUAGCCAGUGGUGGGAGCAUCGUCACUGUAGACUUUGAUAGAGUCAGCAAAAGAAUCUACUGGGGCGAUGCAAAUUACAACAUGAUCUACAGUUCAUUCCAGAACGGCACGGACCAAAAACAGGUGUUUUCUUCGGGGUUGAUGGUACCUGAAACUAUAGCAGUGGACUGGGUGGGUAGAAACAUUUACUGGACUGACUAUGUCAUGGAGAACAUUGAAGUAUCUACCCUAGAUGGCCGCUUCCGGAAAGUUUUGAUUACAGAGAAUGUCACCAGCCCUCGUGGAUUGGCUCUGGACCCUCGGAACCACACCAAUCUUAUGUUUUGGUCGGACUGGGGUCAGAACCCUCGUAUAGAACAGGCCAGUAUGGAUGGGUUCGGGAGAAGAGCAAUCGUGACCAGUAAGGUAUACUGGCCUAAUGGACUUACCCUGGAUUACACAACCAGAAGACUAUACUUUGCUGACGCCUAUUUGAAAUAUAUUGACUACUGUGACUACGACGGUAAAAACCGGAACCAGGUCUUUGCAAGUGAUUUGGUUCUUCAGCAACCGCACGGCAUAACCAUCUUCGAGGACAACAUAUACUGGAGUGACCGGUCCACAAGUCAAAUCAUGAUGACCAACAAAUUUCAUGGAGGAAACACCACCGUCCUUAUGACCGCUGUAUACCAGGGCAUGGGCAUCACCAUAGAUCACUCUGUAAAGCAGCCUUUAGCGCUGAACCCCUGUGAAAACCAUCCGUGCAGUCAACUGUGCCUGCUGUCAACCUUAAGACCUCGAUACUACAACUGCGCCUGUCAGUCUGGUUGGAACCUUGAUAGUGAUGGCCGUACUUGUAUUAAAGAUAAAACACCAUUCCUGAUGGUUGUUAGGGAUACAGUUAUUAUGGGAAUUCCUCUUAAUCCCAAUGACACAUCCAACAACGCCAUGGCGCCAAUUUCUGGCAUCACACAGGGUCGAGACAUUGAUUUUGAUGACCAAGAGGAGUUUGUCUAUUGGGUGCAAGGCACAGGCUCUAUUUACAGGAGUAAAACAGACGGGACCAAUCGAACUGAGUUUGCACCAGCUGCUAUUAUUGGUUCCCCAUCUGGUCUUGCAUUUGAUUGGAUAACUCGAAUCAUGUACUACACCAAUCCAUCCACCAGCAGCAUUGAGGUUAUUAGGGUUGAUGGAUCUCAACAUUAUAGAAAAACUAUUAUCACAAACACAGGAAAGCCGGAAGGAGCUGGAGAGCCCAUUGGAAUUGCUCUUGAUCCAGCCAGAGGGAAAUUGUUCUGGACAGACAGAGGAACAGGCAGUGGAGUUCCACCAAAGGUGGCGAGUGCAGACAUGGAUGGUGGUAACCUCAAAAACCUCUACACAGGAAACAUGGGCAAUAUUGAGUUUAUUGCUGCAGACAUUGAAGCCAGAAAGCUCUACUGGGGUGUUCCUCAAACUGGGAUGAUUGAAUGUGGAACUAUGGAUGGUGUGAGCAGGGUGACUAUUGUAAGUGGAUUAUCUCACCCCUGGGGGAUCACUGUAUACCAAAACUACCUCUACUACACUGACCUUGACUAUGAGGUCAUCGAGAGAGUGGACAAAAACUCUGGCGCAGGCAUGGUGGUGAUGAGGACUGGCAUGGCUGGGGUGCGGGCACUAAAAGUGCAUGCCAGAGAUAACUUUGCUGGAACAACCAAUGCUUGUAGCACCAACAACGGUGGCUGUCCCCAUCUGUGUCUGCCCAAACCUGAUGGACAGAAGACAUGCGCCUGCACUACAGGGUUUUUCCCAUCUCAGGAUGGCUCUCACUGUGAACAGUAUGACUCUUAUGCUGUGGUGUCCUCUUCUAAAUUCAUCAGAGGAUUUCACAUCAACAGCUCAGAUCACUCUGAAGCCAUGGUUCCUAUCGGGUCCAGUACUUACUCAAUUAUUGACAAAUUGGACAUGCACAUUGCCUCUGGAUUUUUGUACUGGAUUGAUAACAGCACCUACACAUCCUACAGAGGCAUUUACAGAGCCAAGACAGAUGGAUCCGGCUAUUCUCCCAUCAUCACUCAAGUGGGCUUGGGAAGGAUUCAGGGCUUGGCUGUAGAUUGGAUCGCAGGAAACUUAUACUUCACCAACGCGUUUACGACUCAGACGUACCUCGAGGUGUUGUGUCUGAACACCAGUAAUCGACUGAUCCUGCUUAAGAGUUCAGAUGAUCGUCCACAAGAUCUUGCUGUUAGCCCCAAACUGCGCCUUCUCUUUUGGACUGAUGCUGGCCAGUCACCUAAAAUCGAAAGUGCUCUUUUAGAUGGUACCAAUCGGACUAUUCUUGCCACUGAGAGCCUGUCAUCCCCCCGGGGUCUUACAAUUGACUACACCAGUGACUUCCUGUACUGGGUUGAUGACACGCUGGACAUGAUCUCCCGCAUGGCACCCGAUGGUUCUGAGCGCCAGAUCGUACGCUAUGGCAGUCGCUACCCCUCCCCAUACAGCGUUGCCAUCUUUGGCAACUACAUGCUGUGGGUGGAUCGCAAGCUUGGCAAACUUUUCCAGGCCAGCAAGCUACCUGAGAAUACAGACACGCCUGAGGUCAUCCGAGAUGGUAUUGUGGAUCUGACAGAUGUUGCAGUGUUUGACAGCCAUGUUCAGCCCACCGAUGCCAACCUGGUGGGCUUUAACCCAUGCCAUGAGAACAACGGACGCUGCGUACAGUUAUGCUUCGCAAUGCCUGAACAGCAACAGCCCAAAUGUGGCUGCGCCCAUGGCUCUCUACUCAGCAAUGGGGUCUCUUGCGGUUUCGGCCUUGAUGAGUAUUUGUUUUUCACCACGGAUUACACCCUGAACAGCAUCAGGCUGGACCCAGAUGACCACAACUCCCCGUUCCCCACUUUUUCCCUCGGCUAUGGAGUCUUGGCAACGGAGUUUGACUUUCAGGACAAGAGAGUGUUCUUCACCCAGUACGUGGGUAUAGGACGGAGUAUAAUCGGAUACAUCACAACCACCAGCAGCACAAGCCCUCCAAUCACCAUAGCCAGUGAUCUGGAUGAUCCCCAAGGUCUGGCCUAUGAUUGGAUCCACAAGCGUCUUUAUUUCACUGAUUAUCAUAAUCGGAGUGUGCAGGCCAUCGGAGUAGGUGGCCUAAACCGCUCCUUCAUCGCACAUGCCAACCGGCCCAGAGCAAUCGUAGUGGAUCCCUGCUAUGGAUACUUGUACUGGACAGACUGGGGAUAUCCUGCUAAAAUUGAACGAGCUACACUUGGUGGAAACUUCCGGAUCUCUAUUGUAAACACAAGCCUUUCUCAACCUAAUGCUCUGUCUUUGGAUUAUGAGGAAAGACUGCUGUAUUGGGCAGAUGCAACACUGGACCAGAUUGAGCGUGCGUCUUUGACCGGAGCCAACAGGGAAGUCAUUCUUACCCUCACGCAGAACCCAUUUUCCGUGACCGUGUUCCAGCAGGAUAUCUACUGGACGGAUUGGAAUACACGGACUGUGUACCGUGCCAACAAGGACGACGGCUCCGGAGUCUCAAUAAUGGCCACGGAUCUGCAGUAUAGACCCAAUGACAUUCACGUCUUCUCUGGCAGCAAGCAGGAGAGCUGCUCAAGUCCCUGUCAGCUGUUCAAUGGAGGCUGCAGUCAUGUCUGUGUGCCAGGUCCAGCUGGCCCAGAGUGUCAGUGUCCAAGCACUGGUAACUGGUAUCUGGCCAACAAUGGGAAAGACUGCAUAAGUGACAAUGGGCAGCGUUGCCAUCCAGACCAGUUCACCUGUCUGAACGGAGACUGUUUGUCCGAACGCUGGAAGUGUGAUGGCUACAAGGACUGCAAGGAUGGAUCAGAUGAGCUUGAGAGAGUGUGCGCUUUCCACACCUGCUCACAUACUGAAUUCACCUGUGAUAAUGGGGGCUGUGUGCCUUUGUACUAUGUGUGCGACUACAUGAAUGACUGUGGAGACAACAGCGAUGAGGAUGGCUGUCCCUACCCCACCUGUAACCCCAUCACAGAGUUUACCUGCGCUAACGGACGCUGCAUCAAUGCUGCGUUUGUAUGUGACGGAUUCAAUGACUGCAGAGACAACAGCACUACGGAUGAGAUUAACUGCCCGGACAGAACUUGCACAUCUGGCUUCAUAAAAUGUGACACAACCAACAUCUGCAUCCAUCCAUCUAAUCUGUGUGAUGGGUUUAACAACUGUGGGGACAACAGUGAUGAAAAUCCACUCUUCUGUGCUGGCCGGACUUGCUCUCCUGGUGAAUUCGGCUGUGAUAAUGGCAAGUGCAUUCCUGAGUCAUGGUUGUGUGAUCGCAUUCCAGAUUGUUUGGAUAAGACGGAUGAACCUUCCACCUGUGUCUAUCCAGUUUGGACUUGCAGCCCACAGCAGUUCAGUUGUGCAAAUGGACACUGCAUACAGAGAUCUUUAGUGUGUGAUGGCAACAACGACUGUGGAGACAACAGCGAUGAGGCUCCAGAACUUCAGUGCGAAACAAGGACCUGCAGCCCCGGUGAUUUCGCAUGUCCUGUUUGGUAUCCUGGCUUUCCGCGUUGUGUUCCAUUGAGCUUUUUAUGUGAUGGUGAAAGGGACUGCGCAGACGCCGCAGAUGAGCUGCAGAACUGCCCCAAUCGCACCUGCCACAUGAACGAGUUUGCUUGCGCCAAUGGUCGCUGCAUUCUGGUGCCUUUUCACUGUGACCGUGUGAAUGACUGCGGGGACGGCAGCGAUGAGAAAGGCUGCGUGUAUGACACCUGCUCCAGUAGCGAGUUCACCUGUCAGAAUGGAGUGUGUAUCCCGUCUGCGUUUGUUUGCGAUGGAGCUGUAGACUGUCGGGACGGCUCUGAUGAACUAGAGGGGCUGUGCAGCAGCCCGGUACCCACCUGUGCACCUGGACAAUUUUUGUGUCAAUCUGGGGAAUGCAUUGACAAUUCCAAGGUCUGCAACCAGCAGAAGGAUUGUUCGGACAAUAGCGAUGAGAAGGGCUGUGGAAUAAAUGAGUGCAGUAACCCAGCUGUGCACCAGUGUGCUCACAUCUGCACAGACACCCAGACAGGUUACUACUGCUCCUGCAGAGAGGGUUACAAACUCAUGCCAGAUGGCAAGGCCUGCGAAGACAUCGAUGAAUGCAAGGAGACACCGGAAGUGUGCAGUCAGGUGUGUGAGAAUGCCGUGGGCUCCUUCUACUGUAAGUGUGCUGCGGGAUACCUGCGCGAGCCCGACGGUCGCACCUGCAGGCAGAACAGUGGGAUCUCUCCGUACCUCCUCUACAGUAACCGAUACUACAUCCGUAACCUGACUGCAGAUGGAUCUUCAUUGUCGGUGGUCCUGCAGGGCCUGUCUAACGUUGUGGCUCUUGACUUUGAUACCUAUGAGAAACGUCUAUACUGGCUGGAUGUGGGCACGCAGCGCAUUGAGAGGAUGAAUUUAGAUGGAACGGGAAGGGAGGUCAUAAUGCAAAAUGACCUGGCUGGAGCAGAGGGUCUGGCUGUAGACUGGGUGGGCCGGAAGCUCUACUGGGCAGAUGGAAGUAUUGGAGCCAUUCACGUCUCUGAACUUGACGGACGUUACCGGAAGAAACUCCUCAAAGAUUGCGUCGAUGCCAACUCUACAUACUGCUUUGCCAGUCCUCGUGCUGUUGCUGUCAACCCUAAAUACGGAUGGUUGUAUUGGACAGACUGGGGUCGGACACCUUUCAUUGGCAGGGCUGGAAUGGAUGGAACUAAUGCAUCUGCCAUUAUCACUGCAAAACUAGCGUGGCCGAAUGCCCUGACCAUUGACUACACCACCAACAAGAUCUUCUUCGCUGAUGCUCACCUCAAUUUCCUAGAUUAUGCUGAUAUGGAUGGACAGAACAGACACAGGGCCAUACCUGGCUCUCUGCCUCAUGCUUUUGCGGUUACCCUGUUUGAAGACUCAGUGUUUUGGACCGACUGGAACACUCAUACUGUGGAAAGAGCACACAAGUACACUGGCGCUGACCGCAUUGUCAUGGGCAACAACACACACCGCCCUAAUGACAUCCACAUCUACCAUCCUUACAGACAGCCACGCAGUGAGAAUCCCUGCAAUGGUCAUGACCUGACCUGUAGCCACCUGUGUCUGAUUGGGCCGGGUGGCACAUCUGCCAGAUGCGAAUGUCCAGAUCAUUUUAUCGGACUGUCUAUUGGCUUUAAGAUCCAGUGUGUGGCCGACUGCUCCAGCACUCAGUUCCGCUGUGGUGACAAUGAGAAGUGUAUUCCCAUAUGGUGGAAGUGUGAUGGUCAGUCAGACUGUGGGGACGGCUCUGAUGAGCCUCAGACCUGUCCUCCACGUUACUGCCCGAUCGGACGCUUCCAGUGUCAGGAUGGGAACUGCACCUACCCAUUCUUCCUGUGUGAUGGCCACAUGGACUGCGCUGAUGGAUCUGAUGAAGACGCCGCACUUUGCAGUGACCAUCGUUGCACUGAUAAUCAGUUCCAGUGUAAAAAUAAACGCUGCAUCCCUAUAUCCUGGCACUGUGAUGGUGUGCAGGACUGCACUGAUGGCAGCGAUGAGGAACCAGAGAGCUGCGCGGUGAAGACCUGCAAACCCGGGGAGUUCCAGUGCAAAAACGGACGCUGCAUACCCCCAAGCUAUGUGUGCGAUGCGCAGGACGACUGCGGUGACAACUCUGAUGAGCCACAUGAUGAAUGUAUGGGUCCAGAUCAUAAGUGUGAUGCCGAUACAGAGUUCUCCUGCAAGACGAACUAUCGCUGUAUACCUCAGUGGGCUGUGUGUGACGGCACCAAUGACUGCAUAGACAACAGUGAUGAGCAGGGCUGCCAUGAGCUUACCUGUGACCCUCUGGGUGAUUUCCGCUGUGAUAAUCAUCGCUGUGUGCCCAUUCGCUGGCGUUGUGAUGGAAACAAUGACUGCGGAGAUGGAUCUGAUGAGAGAAACUGUGAACCCAGACCCUGCUCUGAAAGCGAGUACCGCUGUGACAACCAGCAGUGCAUACCAGGUGCCUGGGUUUGUGAUCAUGAAAAUAACUGCGGGGACAAUUCAGAUGAGCGGGACUGCGAUCUGUUUACGUGUCGUCCUGGGACAUUCCAGUGUACCUCGGGACAUUGUAUUCCAGAAGCUCUUAAAUGUGAUGGCCGUCCAGACUGCUUAGACUUCUCUGAUGAGUCCACGUGCCCAACCCGCUAUCCUGGAGGACGCUGGUGUCCAAUAUACCAGUUCCAGUGUAACAACAAAGUGUGCGUGAACCAAAACUGGGUGUGUGAUGGCUUCAACGAUUGUGGAGACGGUUCAGAUGAGCAACUCAGCCUCUGCUGGAACAUCACAUGUGAAUCGCCGGGCAAGUUCCGCUGUGACAAUGGCUACUGCAUUUAUAGUAGCCUCAAGUGCAACAAGAAAGACGACUGUGGAGAUGGAAGUGACGAAAAAGAGGACCUCUGUCAACAGCCCACCCUCGCUCCCUGCACGCCCAAUGAGUUUAAAUGCACCAAUGGCUACUGUGUGGCUCUGCCCUACGUCUGUGACCACAACAACAACUGUGGAGACCUUACUGAUGAACUGGGAUGCAAUUUCGGUCACGACCGUACCUGUGAUGAGAAGUUAUGCCAACAUGAGUGUACAAACCUAAAUGGCACCGGAUUCAUCUGUACUUGUAGACCAGGAUACGCAGUGGAUCCAGACAACACCUUCCGCUGCAAUGAUAUAGAUGAGUGUUUAGAGUAUGACACAUGUCCACAGGUCUGCAAGAACAUUAAAGGCAGUUAUGACUGUGAAUGUGCUCAGGGCUACAGGAAAGUGGGUUCAGGCAAUCAGUGUGAGGCUGAAGGUCCCGGACCCCUGCUUUUGUUGCCAGAGAACAUCCGCAUCCGCCGCUUCAACCUCCAGACAGAAGAAUAUCAUGAUUUCUUGCAAGAAGAGGAACGGAUUGUGGCCCUGGACUAUGACUGGGACCACAACAACACUGGACUCAGUGUGGUGUAUUUUACUGUAGAAGGGAAGGGUGCGGUGCCUGGUGCUAUUAAAAGAGCUUAUCUGCCAGCUGUGGACGAUCACAGUAAUAACAUCGCUGCUGCCGUCAACCUGGACAUCAAGUACAUCACAAAGCCUUAUGGGAUUGCGGUGGAUUGGGUUGGCAGGAAUCUGUACUGGGCCGAUGCUCAGCUCAAACGUCUGGAGGUGGCUAUGUUGGAUGGGCGUUACAGAAAGCAUCUGAUUAAAACUGACCUGGGUGAACCGAAUUCUGUGGCCGUUAAUCCUCGACUGGGGAUGCUCUACUGGAGCGACAAUGGUGACACUCCCCAAAUCGAGGCCUCCUGGUUGGAUGGCCAGGAGAGGAGGGUCUUGGUGGACAAUAAUUUGGGUUGGCCUACAGGUUUAUCAAUCGACUACACUAACAAUGACCGUAUCUACUGGUCAGAUGCGAAGGAGAGUCGCAUUGAGUCCGUGAUGCCAGAUGGACAGGGCAGACACAUCGCAGUUUUCAUAGAUGUGAGGAACCCAUUCAGCGUGGAUGUGUUUGAGGACCACGUGUACUGGAGCACACAGGAGAAAGGUGAAGUGUUCAGACAGGACAAAUUCGGGAAAGGUGACAAAACCAAACUUUUGACAGCAGGACCCUGGCUCACUCAGAUCAACGUCUACCAGCAGCAGAAAUACAACUCUGUAACCAUGAAGAACCCUUGUAAGGGAACAUGCAGUCACCUGUGCCUACUGAGGCCGGGAGGCUACACCUGUGCCUGCCCAGAAGGCACCAGCUUUUAUCCUGGCAGCAGCACGAAAUGUGACGCAGCGUCUGAGCCUGAACCCCCCAUGCCCCCUCCGUGCCAGUGUGUGAAUGGUGGCACCUGUUAUUUUGAUGACGAUAAGGCGCUCUGCAUCUGCCCUCCUGACUGGAAAGGAGAUUUCUGCGAAAUCAGUGUUUAUGGUGUAGCGUCAGCCUCAGUUGCUAUUGCUCUCGGUGUGACUGCGGCUGUGGUUGUUUUACUCGUAUGCUUGAUAUACUCUGCCCAAAAGAAAUCAAAAAUAAUAAAUGUUCUUCAUAACAUCAAUCUGCCUGUCAGCAUGCCAAACUUCAAAAGGCCCAGUUUCUGGGCUGAAUUCUCCAACCCACCUGAAUCCAGAGAAAAUGACAAUAACAUCACCAACGAGGAGUCCAGCACAGCUGUUGAAGUGGAGGUAGCAGGAAGGAGUUUUGAGAACCCAGCAUACAGCACCGAGGAGGGAACACAGGACUCUCCUGCCGCCCCAACGGCUGUGCCAACUACAGUCAUCAAUGGCCAUGUCAAAGAGAGUGUUGAAAACCCAAUCUAUACCGCUGAUAUGAGCACUGUGACACAGCCGAAUGAUGCUGUAACCUUUAUCAAAGCAGAUGCCACACCAGUCAACUCUGAGCCUGACAAGGUUACGGUCACAGCUGAUACUUCACAGAUACAGUCUGACAUGGACACAGAUGACACAUUCACUAACCCCUUGUACACGCAGGAUUCAUCAGUCAUAUACAGCCAAGGAGAGUCAACAAUUUAAAGAGCAUUUAAGAUCAUCUUACAGGACCGACUCUCAGUCACUUUGGCAGCUAAGACGUAUGGCUGGUAAAUUAUGGCUGCAGAAUAUCAUCCAUCAAUUCACAUGAUGAUUUAGGUCUGCGUUCGCAAGGAGUUACAAGUGUUGGCAAACAUUUCGAGAACUGAGAACAAAGUUUUGCUGAUUACACAUUAUUUUCAUGUUAUUUUACGGCUUUGCACUGUAAUACGUUUGAUGUCUGUAGUUUGGUGUAAUUUCUUGUCAAAUUAUCAUUAGCUGUUUUUUAAAUGUAUAUAAUCAAUUCCAAUGCUCCUUUGUUUCACUUUGUAAAGAUAUUAAUAAAGUAUGAUUAUAAAGUUUU